AUGAAACGAUCUCACCCAUCCCUUUUCUUCCUUUUGUUUUGUAAGGUUCGUUUGGAGUGGCCCACCGACCUGGCCGUCAACCCAAUGGACAAUUCCCUCUACGUCCUGGACAACAACGUCGUGUUGCAGAUUUCCGAAAACCACCAGGUGCGCAUUGUGGCGGGCCGGCCGAUGCACUGUCAAGUCCCGGGGAUCGACCACUUUCUUCUGAGCAAGGUCGCCAUUCACGCCACGUUGGAAUCGGCCACGGCAGUGGCGGUCUCGCACAGCGGCGUCCUGUACAUCGCGGAGACCGACGAGAAGAAGAUCAACCGGAUACGACAGGUCACCACGAACGGGGAAAUCUCGCUGGUCGCCGGAGCCCCCAGCGGCUGCGACUGCAAGAACGACGCCAACUGCGAUUGCUUCUCCGGGGACGAUGGGUACGCCAAGGACGCCAAGCUGAACGCGCCGUCUUCCCUCGCGGUGUGCGCGGACGGGGAGCUGUACGUGGCCGAUCUCGGGAACAUCCGUAUCCGUUUUAUCCGGAGAAACAAACCUUUCCUGAACAACCAGAACCUGUACGAAUUAUCCUCACCCAUCGAUCAGGAACUCUACCUGUUUGACGCCAGCGGCAAGCACGUUUUCACGCAGAGCCUCCCGACUGGAGAUUACCUGUACAACUUCACCUACACCGGGGAUGGCGACAUCACCCUCGUGACCGACAACAAUGGAAAUUUGCUUAACAUCCGGAGAGAUUCGACCGGGAUGCCGCUGUGGCUGGUGGUCCCAGAUGGCCAGGUCUAUUGGCUGACGAUGGGCACCAACAGCGCCCUCAAGAGUGUGACCGCGCAGGGCCAAGAGAUAGCCAUGAUGACCUAUCAUGGCAACUCGGGCCUCCUAGCUACCAAGAGCAAUGAAAAUGGGUGGACCACAUUUUACGAUUUUUCUAUGGUCCUGCUUCUUCACAGUCAACGGCAGUACAUUUUUGAAUUCGAUAAGAAUGACCGCUUGUCAUCUGUAACAAUGCCCAACGUAGCUCGGCAGACCUUGGAGACACUUCGAUCAAUUGGCUACUACAGGAAUAUCUACAGGCCUCCGGAAGGCAAUGCCACCGUGGUAGAAGACUUCAAUGAGGAAUGGCAACUCCUUCACACCUAUUACCUGGGGACCGGAAGACGGGUCAUCUACAAGUACGGCAAGCUAUCCAAACUGGCAGAAAUGCUUUACGACACCACCAAAAUCAGCUUCAGCUACGAUGAGACCGCAGGCAUGUUGAAGACCAUCAACUUACAGAACGAAGGGUUCACCUGUACGAUCAGGUACCGCCAGAUCGGGCCCCUCAUUGAUCGCCAGAUUUUCCGUUUCACGGAAGAAGGCAUGGUGAACGCCCGUUUUGAUUACAACUACGACAACAGCUUCCGGGUGACCAGCAUGCAAGCUGUGAUCAACGAAACCCCGUUGCCCAUUGACCUCUACCGUUACGACGACGUGUCGGGCAAAACCGAGCAAUUUGGCAAAUUCGGGGUGAUCUAUUACGACAUCAACCAGAUCAUCACCACGGCGGUCAUGACCCACACAAAACAUUUUGACGCGUAUGGUCGGAUGAAGGAAGUUCAGUAUGAAAUAUUCAGGUCCCUCAUGUACUGGAUGACCGUACAGUACGACAACAUGGGCAGAGUAGUGAAAAAGGAAUUGAAGGUGGGCCCUUAUGCCAACACUACAAGGUACUCGUACGAAUACGACGCCGACGGCCAAUUGCAGACGGUGUCCAUCAACGAGAAACCGCUCUGGAGAUACAGCUACGACCUCAACGGGAAUCUCCAUUUGUUGAGUCCUGGCAACAGCGCCCGUCUGACGCCACUGAGGUACGACCUCAGGGACCGGAUUACGAGACUGGGCGACGUGCAGUAUAAGAUGGACGAAGAUGGCUUCUUGAGGCAAAGGGGGAAUGACAUUUUUGAGUACAACUCCGCGGGACUUCUCAUCAAGGCGUACAACAAAGCCAACAAAUGGAGCGUGAAGUAUCAUUAUGACGGGCUCGGAAGGAGAGUCUCCAGCAAGACUACCCACGGUCAUCACCUGCAGUUCUUCUACGCGGACCUCACCAACCCCACCAAGGUCACCCAUCUGUACAACCACUCCAGCUCUGAGAUAACCUCUCUUUACUACGACCUCCAGGGUCACCUCUUUGCCAUGGAAGUGAGCAGUGGAGAUGAAUUCUACAUCGCUUGCGACAACAUUGGGACCCCCUUGGCGGUCUUCAGUGGAACCGGCCUCAUGAUCAAGCAGAUCCUUUACACGGCUUACGGAGAGAUCUACAUGGAUACCAACCCAAACUUCCAGAUUAUCAUUGGUUACCACGGAGGGCUGUAUGAUCCCCUCACCAAACUCAUACACAUGGGGAAGAGAGACUACGACGUCCUAGCUGGACGAUGGACCAGCCCGAACCACGAGAUUUGGAAACGUCUUAGCCACAGCAACAUCAUGCCUUUCAACCUCUACAUGUUCAAAAACAACAAUCCGAUCAGUAACGCCCAGGAUAUAAAAUGCUACAUGACAGUCAAUCUUAGGGGUGCAGUGCGAAGUCCAGAAACAGCUGAAGGCCUUCGUCACGUUGGAGAGCUUCGAACAGAUCUACACGUCGAGCAUCGCUGGGUGCCAAGAAGUCCAGGAGAACCGCCAUUUUGCCUCGGGAGACUCCAUCGUCGGCAAGGGGGUCAAAUUUGCCAUGAAAGACGGCCGGGUGACCACCGAUAUCAUCAGCAGCGCCAACGAGGACGGGCGGAGAGUCGCCGCCAUCCUCAACAACGCCUAUUACCUGGAGAACUUGCACUUCACCAUCGACGGCACGGACACCCACUACUUCGUCAAGCCCGGGCCGUCGGAGAGCGACUUGUCCAUCCUCGGCCUCAGCGGGGGGCGGCGGACCUUGGAGAACGGUGUCAACGUCACCGUCUCCCAAAUCAACACCGUGCUCAGCGGGAGGACUAGACGCUACACGGACAUCUCGCUCCAGUUCGGAGCCCUGUGCCUCAACACCCGAUACGGGACCACGUUGGACGAGGAGAAGAGCCGCGUCUUGGAAUUGGCCAGGCAACGGGCCGUGGCUCACGCCUGGGCUCGGGAGCAACAGAGACUACAGGACGGGGAGGAGGGUAGCCGGUCCUGGACAGAGGGGGAGAAGCAGCAACUGCUGAACACGGGACUCGUUCAGGGGUACGACGGCUACUUCGUCAUCUCCGCCGAACAGUAUCCGGAACUCUCCGACAGCGCGAACAAUAUCCAUUUUAUGCGACAGAGCGAAAUGGGGAGAAGGUGACAGAGAGGGGACGAUGCGUUGACUUCUUGCCAAAGACCGCUGCUUGAGACUGCGACGUACUUGAGCCUUCUUCUUUUCUUUUUUCUAAACAAAAAGGAAAACAAAACAAAAACAAAACAGAGACACAAAAGAACUUUACGGAAAACAGGCAAGGUGGAGGAAAAAACACGGUGGCACCAUAGCUCAGGCAACAUCCUUUAUUUUAGAUUUUUUUUUAUCGUUUCAAGUGGCUUUCUCACCUUUGGCUGUUUUUCAUUC